AUGGCUGCGGUGGACGAGUUUAAUAGCUGGCUCAGCUCCAAGCUGCGAGCUUCGAAGGCGGAUGUCAGCGUAUUCGGAUCGUACAUUACCGGUAUCCUGGAAGGAGACGAAAACAACGAGGAAAAAGUGGAAGCUUUGGAGGGCAUCCUUAGCGCAAUCAUUGAAACAGAUCUGGAACCGUUCAUCAAAGAGAUCCUCGACAAGUGGGUGACUUGUCACAGUCAAGGGGCAGAAGCCGCCAAGCCCAAGCUCGACGUCGAAGUACAGUUAGCCAAAUUACUGGAAGGACAAAAAUUAGCUACAAAAGUGGAACGCGAAUACACCGAAGAGGAACGACGAAUUAAGGAACAGAUCCUGUCGCAAUACAGCCAGCUCUCUGAAAGUGAACCGGACGAGGAGGACGAAGAAGGAGCCACCAGUUCCGAUCCGAAGCUGGUGAAAAAUACCAACUUUUCCGAUGUGCAAGCACUGGCGCGGGAGAAACGGGAGCAGGCCAAACUAGAAAGUCAGCUGAAAAAAGAAAAGGAUAAACAGGACCGCGAAAAGCAGCGGCAGCUUCGUGAGGAAAAGAAAGAAAAGCGCAAAACCGUCAAAGGCGAACGGCGCCGGUAG